GUGCGCGCGGUGCGCGGCUGCCAUGUUGGAGUCGGGCAGCUGCGACGGCGACUGAGUCCGGCCCGGUGAAAGGGAGGAGCCAGUCAGGAGAGUCACGGUGUCUGACCGCUUCCCCGAGGGCACAUGGUCCUUCUGCACAUUCUGCUGGCUUCGACAGCCCAAUGGACAUGUAGUGAGGUCCAGCUCUGCAUAGAUCCAUGCCUUUUGGACAUUUGCUUGUAUGACAUGUCCAAAUUGGAACUUGUAGCGCCAUGCAGUCUGGGAAACCUGCGCUUUGUCUUCUGUGACAAUACCACCGUCCACUCAAAUGGGAGUAAUCGUCUAUACCACUACAAGGCUCUCGGAUCUCCUAGCCCUUCUCCCUGUGAUGUGUUGAUUAUGCGUGUAUGUACUAAAUGCUCACGCUUCUCCAGAGAGUCACCCAAGGAAGCACCAUGAAAAAUACUGAUAUCAAGAGACUAUUUUAUGCCCAUCUUUUAUGCGUGUUUUCUAUUAUCCUGAGCACCUUUGUUCCAUCAUUCUUUUUGGAAAGUUUCUCAAUAUUGGAAACACACUUGACGUGGUUGUGCAUCUGCUCUGUUUCUGUAAUUGCUGUCAAUCUAGUGUUAUAUUUUGUAGUGAAACCAAAUGUAUCCUCCAAGAGAAGUUCAUCAUCACAUAAGGUAGCCAGGUUUUUGAAAUGCUGUAUCUACUUUCUUAUGUCUUGUUUCUCCUUUCAUGUAAUUUUUGUUCUAUAUGGAGCACCGCUAAUAGAGUUGGUGUUGGAAACAUUUUUGUUCGCAGUUAUUUUGUCUACCUUCACUACUGUCCCUUGUUUAUGUUUGUUGGGACCAAAUCUCAAAGCAUGGCUAAGAGUUUUCAGUAGAAAUGGAGUUUCAUCCAUUUGGGAGAAUAGUCUCCAGAUCACUACAAUUGCUAGCUUUAUAGGAGCAUGGCUUGGAGCAUUUCCUAUUCCCUUGGAUUGGGGAAGACCAUGGCAGGUGUGGCCCAUCUCCUGUACGCUCGGAGCGACCUUUGGCUACGUGGCUGGCCUUGUUCUGUCACCACUCUGGAUAUACCGGAAUAGAAAGCAACUUACAUACAAGAACAAUUAAUUGGAG